CCCAUCAAGUGCAGCUUCAUCGGAUACCCGAAUUUGGUUCCGGUAAGCAAAGUUCAAAUCUUUACCUUGUUUAUUUCGUUGCCCAGGUUUUUAUUUUCUUAUCAAAUCUGCUAUUCAAAAUCUAAUUGCGUAUUUGAGGUUCUCAAUUAUGGAUAUUAGAGGACAUGGGGUUUUCCCGGAGGAGGUGGUUAUACAGAUUCUUGCAAGGUUGCCUGUGAAGUCCCUUUUUAGGUGCAAAACCGUGUGCAAACUUUGGUAUAGGUUGUCUUUUGAUAAGUAUUUCAUUCAAAUCUAUAAUGAGGUAUCUAGGAAGAAUCCCAUGAUUCUGGUGGAGAUUUCAGAUUCCUCAGAGUCCAAAUCUAGCUUAAUCUGUGUUGAUAAUUUAAGGGGCGUGUCUGAAUUUUCACUGAACUUUUUAAAUGAUAGAGUUAAGGUUCGAGCAUCUUGUAGUGGUUUGUUGUGUUGCUCUAGUAUUCCUGAUAAGGGUGUCUUCUAUGUUUGCAACCCUGUCACUCGAGAGUACAGGUUACUUCCUAAGAGUAGGGAAAGGCCUGUGACUCGGUUUUAUCCAGAUGGUGAAGCUACCUUGGUUGGCUUGGCCUGCGAUCCGACGUAUCAGAAGUUCAAUGUUGUUUUAGCUGGUUACCAUCGCACUUUUGGUCAUAGGCCAGAUGGAAGUUUCAUUUGUUUGGUGUUUGAUUCGGAGUUGAACAAGUGGAGAAAGUUCAUUUCAUUCCAAGAUGACCAUUUUACUCAUAUGAAUAAGAACCAAGUAGUUUUUGUCAAUAAUGCGUUGCACUGGUUGACUGUUAGCUCUACUUAUAUACUUGUGCUUGAUUUAAGUUGUGACAUUUGGAGGAAGAUGUCAUUGCCGUAUGACUUGAUUUAUGGAAUGGGAAAUAGGAUUUAUCUCUUGGACUUUGAUGGCUGUCUUUCUGUUAUUCAAAUUUCUGAAGCGUGGAUGAAUAUAUGGGUGCUAAAGGAUUACUGGAAAGAUGAGUGGUGUAUGGUAGAUAAGGUGAGUCUGAGGUGUAUAAGAGGAAUGGUACCAGGCAUUUUUCCAAUCAGUCAAACAAGUGGAUAUGUUUUUUUGGCAACUCAUAAGCAGAUUUUGGUGUAUCAUCGCAAGAGUCAAGUUUGGAAAGAAAUGUACUCUGUGAAGUAUAGCUCAACACUCCCAUUAUGGUUUUCAGCACAUGCAUAUCGCAGCAGCAUGUUCUCGUGUAAUUGAGUCAAGGUGA